AUGGCCCUCCGGGCCGUUUAUAUCAAUGCACACUCCCACCAGCGAGGGCGCUAUGAUGCACGGGCCCGCGUCCUCAUCUGCCACAUGACCUCCCUCUUCCGAGUGCCCUUGGGGGAGCUGGAUCUCCUUGAAGAGACGUUCCUUGAGAGCCUGAAGGAAACCAAAGAGGAGGAAUCUGAGACGGCUGAGGCGUCCCGGAAGAAGAAAGAAAACCGGAGGAAAUGGAAACGCUAUCUCCUGAUAGGCCUGGCCACUGUCGGGGGCGGGACCGUGAUCGGCGUGACCGGGGGUCUAGCUGCCCCUCUCGUGGCCGCUGGGGCCGCCACGAUCAUUGGCAGUGCUGGGGCAGCAGCUCUGGGCUCGGUGGCCGGCAUCGCCGUCAUAACCUCGCUGUUCGGGGCGGCUGGAGCUGGCCUGACAGGAUACAAGAUGAAGAAGCGUGUCGGGGCCAUUGAAGAGUUCACGUUUCUGCCUCUAACAGAAGGCAGGCAGCUGCAUAUCACCAUCGCCAUCACAGGAUGGCUGGCAUCCGGCAAAUACCGCACCUUCAGCGCCCCAUGGACGGCCUUAGCCCGCAGCCGCGAGCAGUACUGCCUGGCGUGGGAGGCCAAGUACCUGAUGGAGCUUGGCAAUGCCCUGGAGACCAUCCUCAGUGGUCUGGCCAACAUGGUGGCCCAGGAGGCCCUGAAGUACACGGUGUUGUCCGGCAUCGUGGCUGCCCUGACCUGGCCAGCCUCACUCCUCACUGUCGCCAACGUCAUCGACAACCCCUGGGGUGUGUGUCUCCAUCGGUCAGCGGAGGUCGGCAAGCACCUGGCCCACAUCCUGCUCUCCCGGCAGCAGGGCCGGAGACCUGUCACCUUGAUUGGCUUCAGCCUGGGAGCCAGGGUCAUCUACUUCUGUCUGCAAGAGAUGGCUCAGGAGAAAGAUUGCCAAGGGAUCAUUGAGGAUGUCGUCCUGCUGGGCGCACCCGUGGAAGGAGAAGCCAAGCACUGGGAGCCUUUCCGGAAGGUGGUGUCUGGGAGGAUCAUUAACGGCUACUGCAGGGGGGACUGGCUGCUGAGCUUCGUGUACCGCACGUCCUCCGCGCAGCUCCACGUGGCUGGCCUACAGCCCGUGCUGCUGCAGGACAGGAGGGUGGAGAACGUGGACCUGUCAUCUGUUGUCAGCGGCCACUUGGACUACGCCAAGCAGAUGGACAUCAUCCUGAAGACUGUGGGCAUCCACACCAAGCCAGGCUGGGAUGAAAAGGGGCUCCUGCUGGCCCCGGGCAGUCUGCCCCAAGAGGAGCCUCCCCAGGCAGCAACCACCUCCUCAUCAGACAAGACCACACCCGGGGACAACCCCAAAGGGGCCACACCCGCUGACCCUAGCCGAGCCCAGGUGCCAACGGGGCUGGACCAGUCUGAAGGCGCCUCCCUUCCUGCCACUGCCAGCCCGGCUGAGAGCCCCCAGAUCUGCAGCCACGGCAUGGGCCCCAAUCCACUGGGCUGCCUCGACUGUGCCAGCGAGACCCAGGGGCCCUGCCCAGGGCUGGACUGACCACAGAAGGGGACUCGAGCUGCCUUCCCAGGUUCCUCCAUGUAGCACUCCCUUACCCCUGCACCAGCUGCCCCACGUGAGCUCUGAAUUUCCACCAGUGCCUCUCCCAAGUUUAAGGCACUGGGACUGAAAAGGAAUUGGAAGGAGGGGAGUCGAAGAGAGACAGCGUUCCCUCCCCGAGGAAGCAAGGCCGGAACCCUGCAGAGACGACCAACCACAGUUUAGAGCCCCAGGACUCUACCAGCCUUGGGCUUCCUGUAUUUCAGGCCGCAGCUGUGGGGGCUGGCUGGCCAUCUGGGGGCCCAGGGGGCUUCCCCGGCCCCAGUAAACCCAGGUGGGUGCCUGCUCUUCCAUCCACACACCAGGGCUGCCCGCCAGCCCACAGACACCACUGAUGCUCCUACAGAGCAGACGCAGGUGGGGAGUCCGCAGCUGACUCUCUGCUCUGGGGAGGUGCGGCCAGAUGUGCCUGUACGGUCAUGCAGGCUGUGCACUGCAGAACCCUAGGAGCAUGGAUCGCACGGAUGUGAUGUGAAGGGUCCCCCCAGUUGUGCUACGUGGUGCUCUGGAUGCAGCUCACAGCGUGAUGAAUAUAUGCUGAAUCAGCAUGCACUAUGGGUGGGAAGUGGGCCCAGUGACAGGAAUGAAUUACACGGGGGAAGGAUUUCCCAUAGCAGGAAGGGGGAUAAUGAUUAUAAUAAAAAUAAUAAUAGGUACCACU